AUGACCACCCCAGACGCCCAAGAUGCCUCUCCUUCGCCCGAGUACAGGAGCGACCUGGACGACGACAUGGCUGCUGAACAGACUACAGACCGCCAGUCUGGCGACGGCGAUUCCAGCCAGAAGCCUACCAAUGGAAAGCCCAAUGCAAAAGACCCUCUAAGACCGCGGAGGAAGAAGGCGCGGAGAGCGUGCUUUGCCUGCCAGCGAGCCCAUCUGACAUGUGGCGACGAGAGGCCGUGCAAUCGCUGUAUCAAGCGCGGCCUCCAAGAUCACUGCAUGGACGGCGUGCGCAAAAAGGCCAAGUAUCUCCACGAUGCGCCAGAUGGAGCGCUCAUGCCUGGUGUGGGCGGUCACUACCCGUACAUGAACGGUAACCGACCAACACCAAUACCGAGUCACGACACACAACCAGUCUCAGUCUCUCCACAAAGCAACAUGUACAAUCAAGCCCAGCCCGCGGCAUUCUACCCGCCCAAUUCGAUACCAGGGCAAAUGCCUGUGGCUCAAGACGGUCACGCCUUCAGCAAUCAGCAGUCGCCAAUAUCACCUCCGUUCAACCAGACACACCACGGCCCAGUACAAAACGCACCAAACCCCAUGUCACAAAACCAGCAGGGCCAAUUGCAGCAGUUUGGACCUUUGUUCGACCCAAGUGAUCCCGCACUGUUCAAUUUCGACAUCUCGAGCCUCAAUUUCGGAAACCAUUACGGAGCCCUGGAAUUUGGCAUGCUUGGCCACAUGUCAUCAGGCGCAGUGGACACACCUCACGACAACGCGAUGAUGAACAUGAACGGCGCUGUGAACAUGUACAACGCACAGAUGCCCUCAACUUACGCGGACCAGAACAACGCGGCAACCGCUAUGGCAUACAAUGCGAACGGACUUCCAGCAGGCGAAUGGCAAGACGCACAUUCGCGGCAAGGGAGCAUGCACGUUCACACGCCAAAUACCGCUGGCCACGAUCACCAUAGUCUUCGAAACGACAGCCUCAGUGGUCCUCACGCAUUCGUUAUUGGCCAAGGGCCUGCGAGCCACACAGCAAGCCCAGCCUCUACGGAUGCAUCUACUUUCGAGGGUGACAACCCGCUGGCGACUGCAGCGUUCUUCGCCAACACAAAUCGACCGCAUGCGCAGCGUUCUCCGGCUGUUAGUCGAUCACAACACGAAAGCAGACCUUCGACCACAGCGCUUCAGCCGAUACACUCGAAUGGUGUUCGCAAGCGUCAACGCGAUACCAAGAGCAUCUACCAAGGGGUUACCAAGCCAUACGAUUAUGUUAAGGGCUACCACAGGCUUUAUCAGCUGAUCGACAAGAACUACUCGAGGCCUUGGGUCGCCAAGGCACAACAGUAUCUGCAAAACUACCGACCUGUAUUGCUACAAGUGCGGGAAGAGCUGAACAGAGACGACUUGAUUCAUCAAGAAAUGGGUCUCCAGCGUCAGGUCAUGACACUGCAAGAUCACUUUGCGGAAGUCGGUACACCGUUCUUGAUCUGUCGUCGCUCAGGCGAAAUCGUCGGCAUCAACAAGGAGUUUACCAUUCUCACGGGCUGGAAAGACCAAGUUCUCCUCGGCCACGAGCCGAACCUCAACGUCAACACGGGCACGAACCGCGACACAAGCGAAAGCGAAACGGGCUCAACCCAAAACACCACACCCAACCUCACCGCGCAAGACUCCGAGACCACACCAAGCGUCAACAUCAUCGAACUCAUGGACCCCAAAUCCGCCCUUGAGUUCCUCCAGCACUUCUCCGAACUGUGUUACCAGGACCCUCACGGCUACGCUUCUCAGCGCGUCAACAUGCUCAGAUACCAGACCAAGGCAGACAUGGAUCGCAUCCAGGAAAUGAAGAAUGCGAAUGCUGGUGCUGAUGUCAAGGUCGAUCCGCUUGUCAAGGUGGAAGGCGAAAGUGCCAUGCAACGGCUCGGUGCGAAGAAUGGUAUGGUUGACUGUAUGAUCUGGUGGCAUAUCAAGCGCGAUAUGUUUGAUAUGCCGGUGCUUGUUUGUAUGAGUGUCAUGCCUGUCCUUGACAAAGGGCUGCAAUGA